AUGGAGAGGUGGGGGGCGCCGAGCAGUGGGAGUGUAUGGAGAGGUGGGGGGGGCCGCCGAGCAGUGGGAGUGUAUGGAGAGGUGGGGGGCCGCCGAGCAGUGGGACAGUAUGGAGAGGUGGGGGGCCGCCGAGCAGUGGGAGUGUAUGGAGAGGUGGGGGGCGCCGAGCAGUGGGAGUGUAUGGAGAGGUGGGGGGCGCCGAGCAGUGGGAGUGUAUGGAGAGGUGGGGGGCGCCGAGCAGUGGGAGUGUAUGGAGAGGUGGGGGGCCGCCGAGCAGUGGGAGAGUAUGGAGAGGUGGGGGCCGCCGAGCAGUGGGAGUGUAUGGAGAGGUGGGGGGGGCCGCCGAGCAGUGGGGGUGUAUGGAGAGGUGGGGGGCCGCCGAGCAGUGGGAGUGUAUGGAGAGGUGGGGGGCGCCGAGCAGUGGGAGAGUAUGGAGAGGUGGGGGGCGCCGAGCAGUGGGAGUGUAUGGAGAGGUGGGGGGGGCCGCCGAGCAGUGGGAGUGUAUGGAGAGGUGGGGGGCCGCCGAGCAGUGGGAGUGUAUGGAGAGGUGGGGGGGGCCGAGCAGUGGGAGAGUAUGGAGAGGUGGGGGGCGCCGAGCAGUGGGGGUGUAUGGAGAGGUGGGGGGGGCCGCCGAGCAGUGGGGGUGUAUGGAGAGGUGGGGGGGGCCGCCGAGCAGUGGGAGUGUAUGGAGAGGUGGGGGGCCGCCGAGCAGUGGGGGUGUAUGGAGAGGUGGGGGGCCGCCGAGCAGUGGGGGUGUAUGGAGAGGUGGGGGGCCGCCGAGCAGUGGGGGUGUAUGGAGAGGUGGGGGGCCGCCGAGCAGUGGGGGUGUAUGGAGAGGUGGGGGGCCGCCGAGCAGUGGGGGUGUAUGGAGAGGUGGGGGGCCGCCGAGCAGUGGGGGUGUAUGGAGAGGUGGCGGGGCCGCCGAGCAGUGGGGGUGUAUGGAGAGGUGGGGGGCGCCGAGCAGUGGGGGUGUAUGGAGAGGUGGGGGGCCGCCGAGCAGUGGGGGUGUAUGGAGAGGUGGGGGGCCGCCGAGCAGUGGGGGUGUAUGGAGAGGUGGGGGGCCGCCGAGCAGUGGGGGUGUAUGGAGAGGUGGGGGCCGCCGAGCAGUGGGGGUGUAUGGAGAGGUGGGGGGGCCGCCGAGCAGUGGGAGUGUAUGGAGAGGUGGGGGGCCGCCGAGCAGUGGGGGUGUAUGGAGAGGUGGGGGGCCGCCGAGCAGUGGGGGUGUAUGGAGAGGUGGGGGGCCGCCGAGCAGUGGGGGUGUAUGGAGAGGUGGGGGGGGCCGCCGAGCAGUGGGGGUGUAUGGAGAGGUGGGGGGCCGCCGAGCAGUGGGGGUGUAUGGAGAGGUGGGGGGCCGCCGAGCAGUGGGGGUGUAUGGAGAAGUGGGGGGCUGCCGAGCAGUGGGGGUGUAUGGAGAAGUGGGGGGCCGCCGAGCAGUGGGGGUGUAUGGAGAAGUGGGGGGGGCCGCCGAGCAGUGGGGGUGUAUGGAGAAGUGGGGGGGGCCGCCGAGCAGUGGGGGUGUAUGGAGAAGUGGGGGGGCCGCCGAGCAGUGGGGGUGUAUGGAGAAGUGGGGGGCCGCCGAGCAGUGGGGGUGUAUGGAGAAGUGGGGGGCCGCCGAGCAGUGGGGGGUGUAUGGAGAAGUGGGGGCCGCCGAGCAGUGGGGGUGUAUGGAGAAGUGGGGGGCCGCCGAGCAGUGGGAGAGUAUGGAGAGGUGGGGGGACAGGACAGGACAGGACAGGACAGUGGAGAGCAAAGGGCAAAUAG